AUGCGAAGGGUUCUUCCAGGGAUCGACGCCGAGCUCUCUCUUCUCAUCAAAUCUUGCGGCGACUCCAAGAACAUCGCGAGGGGGAGGGAGAUCCACGCGAGAAUCGCUGGCUGCGAGCUCCGCCACGAUCGAUUACUGGCAAAUCUCCUGGUGGAGAUGUAUGGCAAAUGCGGCAGUGUCGACGACGCGGAGGGCGUGUUCUUGGCCAUCCCCGACCCCAAUCCCUACUCUUGGAACAUCCUCAUCGCGGCCUACGUCCAGAAUGGCUGCCUCCGCCGAGCAAGGCGCGCGUUCUUGGAGAUGCCCGGCCGUGGCAUCGUCUCCUGGAACACCAUCGCCAAGGGCUGGGCGGAGAGUGGCAAUCUGGCGGAGCUUCUGGGUGUGUUCCACCGGAUGCCGCAGUGGAAUCCAGUCUCGUGCACUGCGAUGGCGAUGGCGCACGCGCAAGAGGGCGAUCUCUCGGCAACCAAGCAGCUCUUUGAUUCGAUGGAGCAGCGGGAUCUCGCGGCGUGGAACGGGAUGAUCCAAGCGUAUGCCCAGAACGGGCAUAUCUCCGCGGUGGAGCGUGUCUUCUCCAGGAUGCCGGGGUGUGAUGCCGUCUCGAAAACGCUGAUCGUCAGAGCUUACGGCCUCGCCCAAGAUCCUGGGAAAGCGAAGGAUGCCUUCGAUCAGACCCAGCAGCGCGACGUGAUCGCGUGGAAUGCCGCGAUCCGAGCGUACGCCCAGAGCGGGCAUCCGGAGGAAGCUCGAGCGAUCUUCGAAGUGAUGCCGGCGUGGAAUGUGGUCUCCUGGACAGUGAUGGUGGUCGCUUACGCCGAGAGCCGCGAUCCCGAUCGUGCUGAAGAGAUCUUUCUGGCGAUGCGAGAGGAUGAUUUGGUGGCGCGCACGUCGAUGCUCGCGGUGUAUGCCCAACGAGGGGACCCAGAGGUAGCGCACAGGAUCUUCGAUGGUAUGGCGCUGCUCCAGCGCGAUGGGAUCUGCUGGACGGCGCUCAUCCGGGCCUACGUCGAGAAUGGUCACCACGAUUGGGCGAGAGCGGCGUUCCAGAGAAUGCCGCAGUGGGAUCUCUCGGCGUGGAAUUCGAUCCUCCAGUCGUUGAUCCAGACGAGCCAGCUCCGCGAGGCUCGAGCGAUCUACGAGAGCAUGCCGGAGUGGAACAUCGUGUCUUCGACGCUGCUCAUCGCUGGGUACACCAGAUCCGGGGACGUAGCCGAGGCGAAGCUCGCGUUCGAUCGGAUUUCUCACAGGGAUCCAGUCUCCUGGACGACGAUGAUCCACGCGUAUGCCCAGAACGGACACUGCGACGAGGCUUUCGAUCUCCAGCGAGCGAUGGAGCUCGAGGGUGUUGCUCCCGACGAUGCCACCUUCGUGUCGCUGCUCGCCGGGUGUAGCUACUCGGGGCUGCUGGAACGAGGCCGGGGAUGCUUCGUGUUGAUGCAAGAGACCCGCGGGAUCGUCCCCAACAAGGAUCACUUCUGCUGCUUGAUCGACAUGCUCGGGAGGAGCAAGCUGCUGGGCGAGGCGGAGGAGCUCAUCCGGAGCUUGCCGUUUGAUCCCGACGCUGCGAUCUGGGCGUCAUUGCUGGGAGGAUCGCAGGGCGGUGACCAGCAGGCUGCGAGUGCGGCGAGAGAGGUGUCGGGAUUGAAGCCCGAGGACUCGUCAGCGUAUGUGAUGCUCGCGAACUUGAUCGUUUGUGACGAUGGAUCACUCGAUCAGGAGGAGGAGAAUGAAGAACUUGCGUGA